AUGAAAAUAAAGAAUGAUUCAUUAAUAUUCAAUUUAGUUGGUUCAAUUCCUUUAUUAAUAUCUUAUCCUAUCAUAUUCUUAUCACAUAAAUUAUCAAUACCAAAUAAUUCACUAGGUUCUUUUAUAUUACUAAAUUUUUUUCUAUCAAAUAUAACAUUAAUUAUACUAUUAAUUGCAGAUAAAUUUAAAAUUAUACAAUGUCAAACACAAGAUGCCAAUUUAAAAUCUACAAUUUAUGCAUUUACAUUAUUAUUUAUCAUAUAUUCAUCAACAUUCUUUUUGUCAGCUAAUAAUGUGUCCAUACUAUAUUUAAAUUUAUUUUUAAAUACUUCAUCAUGGAAUUUAUAUACUCCAUUAAGUUUUUUAUUUGAAAUAUUUCAAGUAUACCCAAAUUUCAAUUCAAUUAGUUUUAUAUUUUUAAAUUAUGGUUUAAUUUGUUUUAGUUUUUAUUUAUUAAGUUCAAUUUCAAUUACAAAAUUAAUUGGUUCUUUAAAUAAAUCAAUUGUUUUAACUAGUUUUUUCAUUUCAAGUUUAUUAUUAAUUUUUAUUAUAAAAGAUGUUAGUUUGAGUAUGUUAUUUGUUAAUCUUGCAACAUUUAUUGUAUUUUUAAUAUCAAUGGAGGAGUUUCAAUUGAGAGAGUCAAAGAUUACUCCAAUUUUUAUAUCUACAUUAGGUGUAAUUUUGGAAUAUAUUGUAGGGGGAAAAAUUACCUAUAAGUCAUUUAUUUAUAUCGUUUUAUCGUUUGUCAUAACGCCAAAUCCAUCAUUUGAAGAGCCAAAAGUCAAAGAACAAUCUAUACUAAAUGAAUUAUUAUCUCAUUCGGACACUCGCGCAAUUUUCAAUUUCUUAUUGUUAAACGCAAGUUUCAUGUUUAUACAAUUUUUAUACUCAUUUAGGUCAAAAUCAUUAGGUUUAUUAUCUGAUUCAUUGCAUAUGUUAUUAGAUUGUAUGUCAUUAGCAUUAGGUUUAAUAGCUGGUGUUAUAUCUAAAAAUGAGAUUAAUGUAAAUGGAAAAUAUCCAUUUGGUUUGAAAAAUUUUGAAAUCUUAGCUGGUUUUACAAAUGGUACUUUGUUAGUAGGGAUUAGUGGAUCAAUUUUAUUUGAAGCAAUUGGUAGAUUAUUAAAUCCUGUAAGUUUACAGAAAACAAACGAGUUGAUAAUAGUUUCAAUUUUAGGUUUAUUAGUCAAUUUAGUUGGUAUAUUUGCAUUUAAUCAUGGUCACACACAUGGACAUUCUCAUGGACACUCACAUUCACAUACUCAUACUCACGAACAUGAACAUUCACAUAGUCAUUCUCACUCACAUUCACAACAAGAAGAUUCAAUGAAUGAUAAUAUGAAAGGUAUAUUUCUACACAUUUUGGCCGAUGCAUUAGGGUCAGUUGGUGUUGUUAUAUCUACAAUAUUGACUAAGUAUUUCAAAUGGCAAGGUUUUGAUCCAAUUGCAUCUAUAAUAAUAUCAAUUAUGAUAUUUUUAUCAGCUGUUCCAUUAAUUAAAUCAACAUCAUCCACAUUAUUAUUAAGUUUAUCUAAACAAAAAGAAGAUACGUUAAAAACCACACUCAAUGAGAUACUAGAGGUCAAUGGAGUUGUAUCAUUUACAUCUCCAAGAUUUUGGCCAGGUUGUGAUUCAAAUAAGAUAUGUGGUUAUAUACACAUACAAAUAUACCGGGGCGAGAAUUCAUCAUAUAUAAAAAAGAACAUAGAGAAAAUAUUCAGUCUGAAGAAUAUGGACAUCAUGAUUCAAAUUGAAAAUGAUUCUGAUUCAUGUUGGUGUAGAAAAUAA